AACUGAAAACGAUGCGUUUAAAAGGGGCGAGUUUUGGUCUAUUCACUCAUUCAACUACACGCAUCUCCCUCCAAGAGCAAAGCUCUCUUAGUGUCAACUACCCAACCCCCCUUCCUUCCCAUUCCGCCAUACCAACUUUCCCCAUUCUCCCUCUAGCAGCAGCCAUGGCCAGUUUGCUUCAGGGUUCGUGCUCUUCCACUAGGCCUGCAAUUCACAGUUUGGGGGUUUCUUCAGAUGGCGACACUUCCAGAUCAAUUUCUUUCUCUUCUCAACUCAACAAUCUCUGCUUCAAAUCAUUGGAGAAAAGGUUUCAUGUGAAGCGCCUUAGAAUGGGUACCCUUGUAAGGGCAGAGAGCAUAUCCAAGCAAGUGCAGGUUGACAUCUCAUUGAGUCCAAGAGUAAAUUCUGUAAAGCCUUCAAAAACAAUUGCUGUAACUGAUUUGGCAACUGCACUUGUGCAAGCUGGAGUUCCAGUUAUACGGUUAGCAGCAGGAGAACCUGAUUUUGAUACCCCUACUGUUGUUGCUGAGGCUGGCAUAAAUGCAAUUCGUGAAGGUUAUACAAGGUACACACCCAAUGCAGGCACUCUGGAGCUCCGCACUGCAAUUUGUCAUAAACUAAAGGAGGAGAAUGGACUAACUUAUACCCCUGAUCAAAUAUUGGUCAGCAAUGGAGCCAAGCAGUCUGUACUUCAAGCUGUGCUUGCAGUUUGUUCACCGGGUGAUGAGGUUAUUAUUCCUGGUCCAUUUUACGUAAGCUACCCUGAAAUGGCAAGGUUAGCUGAUGCUACGCCUGUGAUUCUUCCUACACUCAUCUCCAACAAUUUUCUCUUGGAUCCAGAGGUUCUUAAGUCCACAAUCAGUGAAAAGUCAAGGGUGCUGAUUCUUUGUUCACCAUCAAAUCCAACAGGAUCUGUAUAUCCCAAGAAACUCCUAGAGGAGAUUGCUGAUAUCGUAGCAAAACAUCCUAGACUUCUGGUAAUAGCUGAUGAGAUUUAUGAGCAUAUUAUUUAUGCACCAGCCAUUCACACAAGCUUUGCGUCUUUACCAGGCAUGUGGGAGAGAACGCUUACCGUCAAUGGAUUUUCAAAGACUUUUGCAAUGACUGGUUGGCGACUUGGAUACCUAGCUGGUCCAAAACACUUUGUGGCAGCAUGUGGAAAAAUUCAGAGCCAGGUCACCUCAGGUGCUAGCAGCAUUUCACAGAAAGCAGGGGUUGCGGCUUUGGGAUUGGGGUACCGUGGAGGGGAAGCAGUUGCCAAAAUGGUAAAAGCAUUUGAAGAGCGAAGGGAUUUCUUGGUUGAAAGCUUUAGAGAGUUGGGGGGUGUUAAGAUAUCAGAGCCUCAGGGUGCAUUCUAUCUAUUCCUUGAUUUCAGUUCCUAUUAUGGAGCAGAAGCAGAAGGUUAUGGUAUCAUCAAGGACUCAGAAUCUCUAUGCAAAUAUCUGCUUGAUAAGGCACAGGUUGCGCUGGUCCCAGGAGAUGCAUUCGGGGAUGACAAAUGCAUCCGCAUCUCCUACGCUGCAUCCAUGUCAAAUUUGCAGGCAGCUAUGGAAAGAAUCAAGGGAGCAAUUGUGCACCUCAAGGCUACCGUCCCUGCCUGAACAGUGAGAUGCAGCUAUGGAUGGAAUCCAGGGAGCGGGGAUUCCUUUCUCAACUGUUUGCUCCUCAAGGUCUAAAUUAUGUUUUCAUUGUCAGUUUGUCUUAUCAUGAUUGGGUCCAGCGUAUGGUUUAUGAUUAGAAAUUAGAAUGAUGUGGAUCCAUCUACUUCUUGUACGAUAUGGGAAUAAAAAAAAUCAUGCCUUUUUCCUUUCAUUCA